AUGUAUUCUGCUGGUAGUGGUCGUGGCGGCUGGUCUUUUACAUGGGUUUAUGCGUCAGCACAUUGCAUCACAGAUUACUUCUGCCAGGUGGCGGGGUCGAAAAUGCCUAGGGCUUGUGCUAUUUUAAGAACUUCGGCACUGUCGUCUUACUUUGAAGCUUUCUCCACGUGUUGAACAAUAUUUUCGAAUGUGCUGAGCCCACCUCGUCUGACUAUUGGGUUUAUGUGUUUAACUUUUGUGUAACUAGCAGAUAAGCUAUCUGUACUUAUCCAGAUAUCCUGCCUUCAGCCAUCUCUCUCCUGCUUAUCUGUCAAUUGUGAGUUUCAAUUGCAUGAAGUGCAACGAGAUUCUAGACGACGACGCAUUUGGACACGCCUGAGAACAGACACGAAUAUGGCAACUACUAAGGAUAAAACUUCUCGAGUUAAGGUCAGCAGACGACUCAACGAGUCUGAGCAAGAGCACAUACGUCAUACUUUUCUGUCAGCUGGAGGCGCCCCACGUGCAGCGGCUUUGAGUCCGGCAUUACAAACCCCGGACAAACCCAGUAAAUUGACACCGAUUCACAACGAGUGUUUCUAUAACCAUGGCAGCGACUUAGUUGAAGCCCUCAAAUCUCAUCUGAAUGACCUAACAGAUCCAGAGGAAAUUAAUUGGCAAGACCCAAUCGGCCUGAGUUCGUUGCACUUGCUUUGUGGGUUUAAUGGAUCAAAUCACUUUAUAGAAGCUCUGAAACUGAUGCUGGAAAAUGGAGCAAACUUAAAAGCCGUCGAUUUAAGGGGAUACACCCCUUUUCACUACAUGUGCUUUAAUGCCAUGAUUUCUACAGAAUUGCAACUACAAGGAUUAGAAGAAUUGUUGCGCUCUGGGGCAGACAUUAACGCCAAAGAAUAUCGAGUGCGAGCCUCUCCACUUCACCUGUUGUGUAAUUACAACACCACCAAGAAGUUGGAUUCCAUUCUGUCUUUUUUCGUCCUUCGUCGGGCCAGUCUCCAUGCAAAAACGAUAGAAAACCGAACCGCAUUGCAUUGUUUGUGUCGGACUCAUCACGAUGAGCAUCUUCUCGGAGCUGUUGCGGUUUUGGUCCGACACGGAGCCGAUGCCAACAUUCGUGACGAUAAGAACAUCACGGCUCUUCACGAAGUCUGCCUCUUUUACCAACGCCCUAAUUUGGGUGACGUAAUCGAUCAAUUGCUGAGUGCCAAAGCUACUUGCAUCAAUUACGGGGCUAUGCACAAGAGGACAGCACUUCAUUUGAUUGCUCUUCAUUAUCACGAAGACAAUCUACCCGAAUUGAUCGAGUCCAUGAUUGGACGACACGGUGCUGAUCCAAAUCAGAGUGAUGAAAAAUACCGGACACCUCUCCAUUAUUUCCUGCAGUACAACCGUUCUAGUCGCUGGACUGAAGCCGUUGAAGUGUUGAUCCGUCGCGAUGGAGAUUUAGAGAGUCACGACAUCAGAUUGGGUCGAACUGCUCUAUUACACGCGUGUUUGAACUUCUACCAGGUGGCGGAACUACCAAAGGUCAUCGAUUUACUGGUGAAACACAAGGCCAACGUCAACGUAUUGGACAAAUGCAAUCGUAGCGUAUUACAUUAUUUGACUUCCGCCUUGGCGGUCGAUUUGAACGUGGGUCGUUGCGUUGAGUUGAUUCUGCCACACCUCAAACAACAAACGGUCGAUGCAGUUUCAACGGAAGGCACAACGGCGCUGACGCAAGCCGCUCGAAUUGGAUGUCACGCCACACUCCGCCAAUUGAUCCCAAUGGCUAACAAGAACGUCACGGAUUCCUUUGGCAAAAAUGUCUUGGAUCAUCUGAAAGAAUUUGGUGAAAGGAAAAUUCGAGCCCUUUGUUUCUGCUGUCAAUCCGUCGGGCCUCCGGAAUUGGCGCCAGCUCUAGUAAAAAAUCUGAUGAAAAAAGAACGCAUCCGCUUACGUCAGCCGGAAAAGUUUGGUCUAGUCGAAUUAGAACGCUAUUUGCUGGACGUGAGUCCUUACGUCACCUUUCUCUACGAGGAUCAACUGUACAAGUCAGCAACGCCCAAAUGGAUGGAGUUUCUAGACUUUUGGAACCAUUCGGAGCAGUUGAGUUUGAGUGAUACCGUACGAGUCCAGCGAUUCAUUCGUGAUAUGACUCAUCCAUGUAAAUUGCCUCCUUUAAUCCCGGCACGCCGCAACAAGUGCGGAUGGUGUGACGCCAUUGGCAGCGUUCAUGGCUACGUGAAAGCUCUGACAGAGAAGGCCGGCCAGAUGGAUUGCCGUUUCCGCCCAUCAUCCGUCAUAUCUUACGGUUCCAUCGCCGAAGGCUCCAAACUAUUCGCACCGGAUUCUUUUCAUUUCGCCAUUGUCAUGGCCGACUGGUACGAAGAUCCUUCACAUCCGCAGACGAUCCGUUAUAAUGGCGACGCUGUUCUCGUUGAUAAAUUCAUGACGCAAGCGAAACUCCCUGUCAUUUCCUCCAACAAAAUAAGUCAGUAUUACCACGCGUUGCUGGAGACGGCCGCCAGCUGGAUUCAGCGCUUCGAGAUCCUUGAACACUGGACGUCCAGCUUUGACGAAAUCAAUACGACUCUUUAUUUGGUCCAUCGGCCUAAAAACAACCAACCACCUCUGCGUUUAGCUAUCACACUAUCUUUGGUUGUUGAGCGUGCCGCCGGUGUGGCCCUCGUGCGGAGUCAAUUGCCUAGUUGGUGUCGGGUGGCCGAGAGAGGCGAGAAUUUGGAAUACUUGGCUGCUAAACCCGGAAUGGACGGUUGGCGAGCUAUUUAUCCGGCCCUGGAACGAGAUAGCAUCAGGCAUUCCGGUUCAACCGUGCUGCAAGUCUUCCAGUUGAUCAAACUCCUUGUAGCCGCCAAUAACAGCACGGAAGAGGGCCAAGUCCUGAAACGGGAUCCCACCUCUUUCGCCCUUAAGAAUUGCCUGCUGCUCUACAUGGAAUUGAAUCCGCCGCCGUGGAACACUGUCGACAUCAUCGUGCACAGUCAGGGCGUCAUCGACGUUCUCCUGGACAAGCACGACUUUUCGAUGAGUUUCUUUGACGGCAAAGAGAAGAUCACUGUCGAUCAGAUGCCACUUUUCUCGCCCAUACCUUACGACGUCAAGAAGCGGCUCAUGUUGAUCAAAGUGCAGCUGACGUGGCUACUCAACGCAAGACAUCAUUCAUUCACUAUCUAAUUAUAGAUAUGACUCGAGUCGUACGUGUUAUGCUUUGGCUGUUGAGCCAUGAAAUACAAUUUCAGUUUUGGGGUUUCAAA